AUGAGUGCCUACUCAAUGCAUAAUAUAGAAUACACCAAUACUGAAUUUAAAACAGGUCCUGGAAUUGAUCUUAGAGAAUUCAAUGUCUGUGAAGAUUGGAAUGGAAGACCUGCCAGUAAUUGGUCAGUACAGAGGAUUGGGCGUUUACAGGCUAAAAUUGAAAAAUAUUCAUAUAGAUUUUAUCAUAAUAGUAGAUAUCCUAAAUUAGAUUUAGUGCAAUUAAUGCCUGGUCAUGUCUUGACUCAAUUUGCCAAUGAAGUAUUCGGCUAUGAUGGUUGGAAAAUGGAAGUUUUAGGUUUAGAAGCUUUGGAAUGUAAUGAAGUGGCGACUAGCGAUAUUAAUGAUAGUAAAUAUGAAACAAAAUUCACUGUUCGAUCAGAAGCAAAAAUUAAAUUGACUUUAAAAGAUGGAACAAACACAAUACAAACUAGUAAUAGAAUUGCUACAACUCCAUUCAAGGGAGAGAGCUAUAGUAAAUCUAAAAAAGAAGCAGUUACCUAUGCUUUAAAGGGAGCAUUUCUAAGCUUUGAAAAAAUAAUUCUACAACAUGAAAAAAAAGUUGAAAAUAACUAUUAUACAGAUGGUUUAUAUGCUUCAAGGACUGAUAAAUAG